AUGCGCCACGGGCGCGCGAGGGCGUCGACGGACGAACCCACCGCGAGGGCGACGACGGACGAACCCGCCGGGACGUCCGGCGAUGCCGGGCGGUUCGAGUACGAGAUCGCGUUAGGGAGCUCGGGGUGGUUGUUCGUGUACUACGUGGGCGUGGUGAAAGCGCUGCGGGAACGCGGCAUGGCGAGGAAGACCAAGGUGUACGGAACCUCCGGUGGGGCGCUCUCGGGGGCGCUGUUGUUCAUGGAUUGCGAUUUGGACGCGUUGGCGCAGUAUGUGUACAUAUGCGCGGCGCGAGCGCGGAGGAGCGUGUUGGGAGCGUUUCAGUUGAGGGCGUAUUGUCGAGGCGCGAUGACAGAGUUUUGUGAUCCGAGGGCGCACGAGUUACUGAGCGGGCGAUUACAGGUGUCGAUCACGAGGAUUUUUCCGUCGUAUAAGAAUCUUCGAAUCAGUGAUUACCCAUCGUACGAUUUCUUGAUCACCGCGCUGCUGUGCUCGGCGUGCAUCGUGCCCUUGAGCGGGUUACCAAUUUGGUUGCGCGGUUUCGGUUUGUGCCUGGACGGCGCGGUGUCGGACAUGCAAGUGUGGAAGGGAUUCAAGCCGGACGGCACGUUCAGCAAGCUCCACUGCAAGGCGGCAAACCCAAACAUCGUCAUCGUGAAUCCAUUUUAUUCCUCGCGCGCAGACAUCAAGCCGAGCAAGUACAUUCCAAUCUGGUGGUGCUUUUACCCGCCAGAGCCGUACAAGCUCAAGCAACUGUACGAGAUGGGAUACAAGGAUGCGAACGCGUGGUACGAGCGCACACACGGACUCUCGAAAUCGUCCGCAUCGCCGUCAGCGCGCGAGUCUGACGUCGACACGGGAUCACCCAUCGCGGAGCAGCAGAGGAGUUGGGCGACAGAGUGUCAGGAUUGGGCGAGUCAGAGCGCAGAGACAGCGGCGCGGCGCGCGGCGGCGGCAGCAGAAUCGGCUCGACGCGCGGCAGCUCAACACGCCGAAGAGUUCGGCGCGUUUAUGAAGCACGAAGCUGAGCUCGUGUCGCGUAUGACAUUCAAAGCCGCAGAGGUCGCCUCUGCGGCCGUGCAAAGCGUGAACCAGAUGAAGUCUGACGACUCUCAGAGCUUUGCCGAGCGCGCCGAUGCGGCGGCGCAUGCCACCCUCGACGCGUUUGUCGUGGUUGGAAAGGGUUCGAUAAUCCCUUUCAGGCUCGUCUUAAAGGUCGUGGCGUGCUUGCUCGUUUACUCCGAGCUCGUCAUUCAGUCUCUCAUCGCGCUUGCCGGCGCGACGGUUGCGGCCAUCGUUCCAGGACGAGAUGACGGAGGGGCGCUCUGGAGACGAUGCCAGGCGUGCUCUCAGCCGCUCCCGCGUGUCUUGCUCCAAGCAGUGCCCGGAAUCAAACUUGAGGCGAAGAUUAACGAGAAGACGGCGAAACAGCUCGGUGAGCUCUCGGCGUUGUAUCGACUCCUAUGCUAUCUGGUGCACAUGAAUGAGCGCGAAUUCGAUGUGUUGAGGAAACGUUUGAGCGCCUCGCGCGGUCUCAACGAGCUCGAUCACACCGUGGAAUAA